AUGGCAUUUUCACUUAGAACAAAGACGUUUUCAUUUACAGAAGGAGAAUCUCCACUUCAAUCGCUCAACGAGAUUCAUUAUCAGGAUCAAUGGGAGAGAGGCAUUUACUCUACCCUAUGUGCCGCUUACGCAACCGUUUCCUUUGUCGCCCUCAUACAACUGGUGCGGAUUCAAAUGAGAGUGCCUGAAUAUGGAUGGACAACACAGAAGGUUUUUCAUUUGAUGAAUUUUCUCGUCAAUGGAGUCAGGGCUCUUAUUUUUGGUUUGUACGAAAGUGUUUUCGCAAUUAAACCAAAGGCAUUUGAACAGGUGUUAAUGGAAGUUCCAGGUCUUCUGUUUUUCUCUACUUAUACAUUGCUUGUUUUGUUUUGGGCUGAGAUAUAUCACCAGGCUAGAAGUGAACCUGCACAAAAGCUUAGGCCUGCUUAUUUUUCAAUAAAUGGAGUUGUUUACUUCAUACAGAUUUGCCUCUGGAUUUACAUGUCUGCAAGCAAAACUGACACUGGCUCUGGAGCCGCUAAGCUCUUCCUUGCAGUUAUAUCAUUUUGUGCUUCUCUUGGAUUUUUGUUGUAUGGUGGAAGGUUGUUUUUCUUGUUGAGGCGAUUCCCCAUUGAAUCCAGAGGUCGUCAAAAGAAACUUUACGAGGUUGGAUCAGUUACGAGUAUUUGCUGCACAUGUUUCUUGAUAAGAUGUGCUUUGCUUGCUGUUUCAGCAUUUGAUAAGGAAGCAGAUCUUGAUGUUUUGGAUCAUCCCAUACUUAACUUGAUGUAUUAUUUGUUGGUAGAGAUUGUUCCAUCAGCAUUGGUGUUGUUCAUUCUGAGAAAGCUUCCUCCAAAACGAGUUUCAGAUCAGUAUCACCCUAUUAGAUAA